AUGGGUGUCUUGGUGUCCCGUUUGUUCAAAAACCGUGAGAUGAGAAUCUUGAUGUUGGGGCUCGAUAACGCCGGCAAGACCACCAUUCUCUACAAGAUGAAGCUCGGCAAAACAUCCAAAACCGUGCCCACGGUCGGCUUCAACGUGGAAACCGUCAAGCACAGAAACAUAUCCUUCGCCGUGUGGGACUGUGGUGGGCAGGAGAGAAUCAGGCCGUUGUGGCGACACUACUUCACGGGCACAAACGCGCUUAUUUACGUGGUGGACUCGUCGGACUUGGACCGCUUGGACGAGUCGCGCGACGAGUUGAUGCGUGUGAUCUCCGACAAGGAGUUGGCCAGCUGCUUGUUGAUAGUCUUGGCCAACAAACAGGACGUGCCCGGGGCCAUCAAGCCCAAGGACUUGAUUGAGCGGUUCGACAUGAGCAGCCUCAGCGGCCAGCACACGUGGUCGGUGAUCCCCACCAUCGCCGUCGACGGCACCGGGCUCGGCGAGACGUUGAACUGGAUCUCCAGCCACUCCAAGUGA